UGUACUGACUAAUGCUUCACUUGUUGUGACAGUUAUGCCAGAUACUGGUGAGGUACCGACCCCAGAUGGCUGGUCAAGAGUAGUAGUUCAACGCACAACUGGAGCUACUGCUGGCAAGUUUGAUGUCUACUACUUCAGUCCCAUUGGAAAGAAACUACGGUCAAGGAAUGAGGUGCGUACACACUGUGAAAGAAAUAACUUGGAAGUGGACAUGUCGUUGAUAUUCUUUUCUCAAAGAACGUCCACAACUGGAGUUCGAAUAGCGAGAUCUGGUACAACCACACCAAAGACUGCGUCGCCCAAGACCACAAAGUCUGCAAAGGUUCCCAAGGCCCAAAAAACUCCCAAGUCACCAAAAACUCCAAAAAGUGAGACGACGAGGAAGAGGAAAGUGGCCAGCAAAACUGAGGGUAAGAGUCGAAGAAAGGCCGCCUUUAAAGCCAAGGCCAAAGCCUCUAUAAAGUCUUGUCCUAAAACUUCUUCAAAAGAUUCUGGUACGAUGAGAGUUAAGUUUGUCUUUAGGGGAAAACGGGCAGCAAAGUUCUCUGCCAACGGUGGUCCCUCUGCUAAAAAGAGUAGGAGGUAAGGUUAGGUGGUGCUGUUUCACUUGGGUUGUCCCAUUUGGUUGGAGGAGAAGUGUAAGGCUAGACUAGGCCACUGUUACUGUUGGGGAAGAGUUUGCUCACAUUCUGAAGAUUAUGCACGCUUUGACAUGGGUAGUGUUUGUUUACUUUUAAGUGGUUCAAUGAGCAUUCAGUAGUACUAAAUGGAGUCACAUGUUUCAGGAUUUUCAGAUCCAGUUUUAGAUGAUUUUCCAGUGGAGGAAGAUGGUAACAGUCUUUUGGAAACCUCAACAGAAAGUAUUUCAGGCUGGAUACGAGAACUAGACUUCUCGGUUUGGUAGAUUUUUUAUUGAAGUGUCAGCUACAUAGUCACUGCCUCUGUACAAAACAUGGGUAUUCACCUCAGUACAACUUACCCAUACAUAGAGUUACGGUAUUUGUUGUGUUCUGCAACUUCAUUCAAAUACAUACUUUUUAUCUUUGUAAUGUAAUAAAGAAGCUGCAGUGAUCACCACAAUUAUGAUUAGACCAAAAAGAGAAACUGAUGUAUAUAUUUUAUACACUUUCCUCUACUUUGGUUAGUACAGUGCAGUAUUCACUCGGCAUCUAUUAAUAAUGUGGGCCUCAUCACUCUGACUUACAGUGCAGUGCAGUACUGGUAAGCCAAACAGUGCACUCCAAAUAAAGAAGUAGUUUAUUUGACAUGCAUGUUGUGGAAAUGGAUCCAGGAGCUGUUUACUGUGCCCAGUUUUUUUAAUUGCAGUACAAAAGUUUUGUAAUGAUGCAGAAAUUUUAAUGUUGGCAGCAGGAAAUACACCACCCUGGUCCCUGGUGUUGAUGAUCUUACAACAGUUACCACAUGUUUGCUCCUUGGAUUGUUGUAGUUAAUUACACUUUUAUAGGGAUGUAUGAUGUUAAGGUUGGAAGAUUAUUACUUUUAACUUAAAAAACAAGCAGUGAAAAGUUUAUGGUUCUCUGCAUAGUACUGCAUGGAUGCAAGUCAUGAUGAAACUAUUGUGCAAGCUUAUUACAUCUAGUCACUUGAGAGCUGUACAAACUUAAGAAGAACCUAUGUUUAGUGCAUCACUCUCCUUCUGUGAGUGAGGGAUGACAGUGCUUACUGUUAUGAUAUGGCCAAUUAGUAUUUAUAAGGCAGCUUGAACAUUACGGUACUAACACCAGUUUGCAGAGUUGGUGUUUUAGUUACUCCUCAGUGGUAUGGAAAGUGUUUUGUUGUAUCUUCUCCUUAAGGUUGGGUCAGGAUGCUUACAUUAUUACACAGAUAUUGUUGUCUUUAUUUGUAUCACCUCCAGUUGGUUAGUAAGUGCAGCCAAACAUUCCUGCCCUUCAACAGUAUAACACACUAUCAUACUGCACCUCCCCCCCCCUCCCCCAGUAUAACACUUUAUCAUACUGCAGUAAUAUCCUCCCCCCAGUAUAACACACUUUAUCAUACUGCAGUAAUAUCCUCCCCCCAGUAUAACACACUUUAUCAUACUGCAGUAAUAUCCUCCCCCCAGUAUAACACACUU